UUCGAUUCAUAUACCCACCAACUGCUAACCAGCACACAUACAAGAUGUCCAAAAAAAGGAAACUCGAGGCCAAGGCUGGAGACCAGGUCAAAGUCGGAAAUAAGACGAUAUCGCUGGAGGGCUACCUAUCAAAAAAGCCGAGGAAGGAGCAAGCCACAUCGAACAACACGAGUGGAGUCCCAAACUCAGAUCAGGCGCUCCAGACCCAAGCACCACCAGCAUUACAAUCAGAAGCCAAGGACGAACAAAAGUCCGACAAAAACCAUGAGACUACAAAACCAGCGGGUGAUCCGCAAUUUCUCCCAAUACGCCAGGCUCUGCCACUAUGGACACACCAAGAUGAGAUUCGUCGCAUAUUGCGGCAACACGAUGUCUUGCUUCUUGUCGGUGAGACAGGUUCGGGAAAGAGUACUCAAGUCCCCCAGUUUCUCUAUCAGGAGAAAUGGUGCCAGAGAAGGAGGGUCAAGGUCCAGACCAACGGAGUAACCGAGCAAGUGAACGUCGGAGGCGUCAUUGCAAUCACACAGCCGCGCCGAGUCGCAGCAACGACCCUCGCCCAUCGCGUUUCCCGUGAAGCUGGAACCCCUCUCAAUGGGCAGCGAGGAGGCAGCGACGCCAAGGGUGCUGCCAUAAAGGGGCUUGUUGGCUACUCUGUUCGGUUCGACAACCGGGUACCUCCAGGCACCAAAAUCAAGUUCGUCACAGAAGGCAUGCUUCUGCAAGAACUUCUCCGGGACCCCCAUCUCAGACAGUAUAGCGCUAUCAUUGUCGACGAGAUCCACGAGCGGAGCGUGGAUGUCGACCUGCUGUCUGGGUUUCUCAAGCAAAUCGUCUCAGGAGACAAGGCGGGUCGUGGCGGCAUCCCGCUCAAAGUUGUUAUCAUGAGCGCUACGGCCAAUGUCGAGAGCAUCAAACACUUCUUUUCAAACUCAGAUACCAACACUGCGAGCUCCUCAUCCACACGAGAAGAGAGCCCUACAGACGGGGUCCAGUUUCUUCAGAUUGAGGGGCGUCAGUUUCCCGUAGAUGUCAUUCAUGCUCCAAAGCCGAUCCCGGAUAUCCAAGAAGCCCUUCUAAAGACAAUUUUCAAGCUUCACACGGAAGAGCCACUGACGGAUAAACACGGAAGACGCGAUAUCUUGGCAUUCCUCACGGGACAGGAAGAAAUUGAGACAGCCCAGAGGCUUAUCGAAGAGUACGCAGCAACACUCGGCCCCAAGCUGCCAAAGAUCAAGGUUAUGCCACUGUUUGGCCAACUCUCCAUGGAGGCUCAAUACGAGGCAUUCCAACCGGUUAAAGGAGCCUUUACUAGAAAAAUAGUGCUCGCGACCAACAUUGCCGAAACAUCAGUCACUGUGCCUGGCGUCAGGUAUGUCAUUGACUGCGGCAAAGCAAAAGUUAAGCAAUUCAGGCCCCGACUCGGCAUGGAAUCUCUCUUAGCAAAGCCAAUAUCGCAGUCCUCGGCCAUCCAACGGACUGGACGAGCAGGACGAGAAGGUCCCGGCAAAUCAUACAGACUCUACACCGAAGAGACCUUCCAAGGCCUUCAAAAAACCGACCUUCCUGGGAUUCUGCGGACUGAUGUUCUUGGCGCCGUCCUGACAAUGAAAGCGAGGGGGAUAGAGGAUGUCCUUGCAUUCCCUCUCAUGGACCCACCAGAGGUAGAAUCCGUCGGGAAAUCACUCCUACACCUCCACCUCCUCGGGGCUCUCGCAGAUGACGGGUCAAUCACGGACAUGGGCCGCAAAAUGGUCAUGUUCCCCAUGACCGCCCCAUAUGCCCGGGUUCUGCUCGCUGCGACAGAUCCCAAGCACGACUGCCUGUUAGAAGUGAUCGACAUCAUAUCAUGUAUCACAGCCGGCGACGACAUUUUUCUUCAAGUCCAGUCAGAAGAGAUUAAGGAGGAGGUCGAGGUCUACCGAAAGGAGCUGUACCGUCGAGAGGGUGACCUCCUGACGUACCUCACGGCCAUGCAGCAUUACGCCGCCGAGAACACGGACCGCGCGCAGUGGUGCAAGUCCCGCAAGAUCAACAUGCGGAACAUGAAGCAGGCGCUCAAAAUCCGCAAGCAGAUCCGCGGCCUUUGCGUCAGGGAGGGCAUGAUGGAGCUGGCACCUACCGAUCCGCAACCAUUCUCUCCCGCGUCGCCGGACGAGGCAGCUGUCAUCUUGAAGUGCUUCCUCAAGGGGUUUGCGCUCAAGACUGCUAUGCUGGCGCCCGACAGCAGUUACGUGACCUCUCACGGCAAGCAUGUCGUGGCGAUCCACCCAUCUAGCGUGCUCUAUGGUCAGAAAAAGGAGGCUAUCAUGUUCCUAGAACAUGUUUACACGCAAAAGAACUACGCAAAAAAAGUCAGCGCCAUCCAGGCAUCCUGGAUCGCCGAGGCUUUGGAACAUUAGAUACCCCAUCUGAUGAGGACUAGGUAGCUGCCAUAUUACAAUGAUAUCACCCGUUAAAGUUCCC